UCACCACAUCUGAUAAUGGCCAGUCCAAUAAAAUGCUUUGAGCUCAACACCGGCGCUAAGAUCCCCUCCGUAGGUCUCGGUACAUGGCAGUCCUCUCCUGGCCUCGUUGGUGAUGCAGUCGCCGCAGCUGUUAAGAUUGGUUAUCGUCAUAUUGAUUGUGCUCAGCUGUAUGCCAACGAAAAAGAGAUUGGGGCAGUUCUGAAAAAAUUGUUUGAAGACAAUGUAGUGAAACGUGAGGAGUUGUUCAUCACCUCCAAGCUCUGGUGUACUGAUCAUGACCCUCAAGAUGUCCCGGAGGCAUUGAACAAAACUCUGCAAGAUCUGCAGCUUGACUACGUCGACCUUUAUCUGAUGCACUGGCCUGUUCGGAUGAAGAAAGGUGCCGUUGGAAUUAAUCUUUUGCCUGUAGAUAUUCCUAGCACAUGGAAAGCGAUGGAAGCACUCUAUGAUUCGGGCAAGGCAAGAGCCAUAGGUGUCAGCAAUUUCUCGACCAAGAAACUAGCUGAUCUCUUGGAGUUAGCUCGUGUUCCUCCUGCUGUUAAUCAAGUCGAAUGUCACCCUUCUUGGAAACAGACUAAGCUACGAGAGUUCUGCAAAUCCAAAGGGGUACACCUAAGUGCAUACUCGCCGUUGGGUUCUCCAGGGACAACGGGGCUCAAGAGCGAUGUUUUGAAGAACCCGACACUGAAUAUGGUCGCGGAAAAGCUCGGAAAAUCUCCUGCGCAAGUAGCGCUACGCUGGGGACUCCAAAUGGGCCACAGUGUGCUUCCCAAGAGUACCAAUGAUGGAAGAAUGAGAGAGAAUUUUGAUGUUUUCGACUGGUCAAUACCUGAUGAUUUGUUUGUUAAGUUUUCUGGUAUUGAACAGACUAGGUCAGUGAUCGAUGGUUCCUUCUUUGUUCAUGAGACACUGAGCCCUUAUAAGUCUCUUGAAGAAUUAUGGGAUGGUGAGAUAUGAAUUUUAGCUGAUUGGUUUGUUCUGUCAAAUAAUGGGAGGUUUCUCAUUCUGAUGGAAUAGUCAAAUUUCUUAUGGAUGUUGUCAUUGAUACAUUAAUUUCUUAUGGAUGUUGUCAUUGAUACAUUAAUUUACGACCACAUUAAUUAGUUUUUCUGUUGAAUUUAUUACAAGAAUCAUAUUAUACAUUUUGUAAUAUAUUGUAUGUUAUUUCAAACCGGAAAUAUGAUGUGGCAUA